AGCAGCUUCAUUGCUUACCCAGUUCAGACUGACCCAGAGAGAGAUUCAGCGCAGAGUUCUCAACAUGAGCGACAGUGCAGCCGCCGAAACGGCUCCGCCAGCCGCCGCUCCUACUAAAGCCAAGGCUCCCAAGAAGAAGGCGGCGGCUCCCAGGAAAAAAACACCCGGUCCCGGGUUGGGAGAGCUGAUUCUGAAGGUUGUCGGGGAUAUCAAGGAUCGCAAAGGGGCGUCUCUGUCCGCUGUAAAGAAGGGGCUGGAGAGAAGCGGGAUCGAUGUGGGAAAGCGAAAGGCACAGAUCAAGAUGAGUAUCAGGAGGUGCCUGGCGAACGGCUCCCUUGUUCUGGUCAAGGGCCAUGGCGUCUCCGGCUCCUUCAAACUCCCAAAGAAUCCAGUCAAGGCAAAAGCGGGAAAGAAGGCGGGAACAUCAGCGGCCGCCAAGAAACCGGCCGUGAAGAAAUCACCGGCCAAGAAGGUGACAACGAAGAAAUCCCAGGCCAAGAAAGCGACAGUGAAGAAAUCCCCAGCCAAGAAAGCGAUAGCCAAGAAAUCCCCAGCCAAGAAAGCGAGCGGCAAGAAGCCGGCACCGCCAAAGAAAGCGGUGAGCAAAGCAGCGCCAAAGAAACGGACUCCCGUGAAGAAGGUGAAAAAGGCCAAGGGCCUUAAAGCCCCCAAAUCCCUCAGCAAACCGGCUAAAGGCAAGGCCAAGCCCAAAGCGAAAGUGACCAAGACAGCAGCAAAGAAAUGAACCAGUCGAUGUAACAUAUAACCAUCUGAACCCAAAGGCUCUUAUCAGAGCCACCCACAUCUCUCAGGAGAUGUCUCUUCUCUCUUCCUCCAGACAAUUACAUGAAGGAGCAAGACACGGUACGAAACCAAGUGUGAUCAGAUCCUUCUAACAAACAGUAGGGUAUGGAAAGAAGAUUAUUUGCAAUGAGGAGACUUAAAACGAGGCAUCACUUCCCAAUCUGCCGAGUCAUCUGAAUAUCAUUGGGUUUUGCAGGAAAAAAGCACCGUUCACAGUGGGAGAGAAACCAUACGUGUGUUGUAUAUGUGGACAAGUCUUCAGCAGAUCAUCUGCCCUGUCACAAUAUAAAUACAGCCACACUGGGGAAAGGCCAUUCAUCUGUUCCAAGGGUGGGAAAGGAUUCACUCAAUCAUCCACCCUGCUGAAACCCCAGCAAGUUCACACAGAGGACAGACCUUUGAAAUGCUCACAAUGUGGGAGGUGCUUUAAAAACUCUGGGGCACUGAUAUCCCAACAACAUCCUCACAGUGACGAGAGACCCUUCAUGUGCUCUCACUGUGGGUGUGGGUUCAAGCCCUCAUCCAACCUCAUUAAACACCCUCGGAUCCACACGAGGGAGAGACCAUUCACCUGCUCACACUACGGGAAAGGAUUUUCUCAUAAAACACCAGCGAUCUCUCGCAAGUUAGAGGCUGUUCUGCUGCACUGACUGUGGGAAGAGAUUCAUUGUGAAAUCCAAGCUGCUGAAACACCAGCGUAUUAAUGAGAAAUUACAGUACCUGGUUUUUACCGUGAACAUCUCCCUGCUUCAUACUCCCACCUGAUGUGGAGCCAUGUCAAAGAACUUAAUUAUUUUUGUAGUUGAUAACUGAAUGAUAUCUACUGGGGCAGGUUUCUGCUGAAGUUAAUGAACUCCAGUUCAGUUAAAGGGAUGACUAUUCGGGAUGACUGAAAUAAAUGCACUUUGUAUUAAACACAUUGUAACAAA